UUGCAUUUGUGUUAUUUGCUGGCGCUCAUGGCGAGGAGUGCGGCCAGGAGGAGUUUACGAAAUGUGCUGAGCCUCUGGAUAUGCUACAUUUAACCUCCGAAUUAUCCAUUGGCCCUGCCAAGAAGGACGAACUGGAUAAACUUUGCAACGAGUUGAAAAAAGGCGUUCGUUGCAUUCAAAGCUAUACCCGCCGCUGCAUGCCUUUGCAGCAGCGAAAUCAGUUCAAUAAGUUGUAUCACGGAACAAACCAGUUUAUACGGGAUUUGUGUAACCAAGGCGAGUUUCAAGAUGAAUACCUGAAGCACGCUCACUGUUCGGAAAUUGCUAAAAAGGAAUUUGAGGUCUGCGCCAAUCGGUAUAAGGAAACGAUGGUUUUCUUAAAACCGAACAAGAAUCAGGAGAGUCAUGAGAAUAACACAUUGAAUGAAAAUAUAAAGACAAUUUGUUGUUCAAUAAAUGAGCUCGUCGAUUGCUCUGAGGAUGCUGCACGGAAGAUAUGCGGCGCGGAUGCCGCGAAAUUCACGCGAGAGCUGGUUGAUAAAUAUGCGAAUAGUUUGACGAAGCUUUAUUGCGAAGACUUCACGCGACAUCCCGAAAUGUGUCACGAUGGCAUCGCCGAUGACGGCGUGAGCCACCGACAGUUGCAGUUCGGUCGCGCGUUUAUUUUCAUGCUUUCAAGUAUCGCAAUUGCGCUGGGCGGUGUAAAUAUUAGAAUAAGAUAGAUGAAAGAAUGCAGAAAUACUUUGCUGUGUUAUUUUUGUUUUAUAAUUUUAUACUUACUUUUUUGAGUGCAACGAAUUUGUUUUUAUUAUUAAAAAAAA